UAUAUAUAAUUAUGUAUCCAUUUAUUUACGAAUUGUGGUAUAUCAAUGUUGAUUCCAUGAAAACUAUCAUUUGGUACUAGAUUUGAAUUAUUAAAGCAAAGUAAAUCUGGAAACAUAGGUCCUAUAAUUUGAAAAGUAAUUAUUAUGCUUGAUUAUGUCGUUCUUUUCAAUCAUUAGCUAUGAGGAUUGAUGUUUAACUUGCUUAUAUACUAAAAGUAAUUUAAUCGAAUUAAUUCUUUAAAAAUGAUUUCUAGAUUGGUUUAAUCUCUUUCCAAGUAGUUAUGGGUAAGAAUCUUAUUCAGGAGGGCAUUUAACAAGAAAUUUCACCUAAAAAUAUCAUCUUUAUUAGCUCUAAACAAGUAUAAUACUCAUGA